UUUAUUAAUAAAAAAAAAAAGAAAAAAAAAGUGAAGGUUCCUCGCCAUUAAAGCAGAAAAGAAAAUUUUGAUGGCGAGCUCCGAAUGACAGAGGCUUUAGGUUUGAGUGGGCAACCCCUUCGAGCGGAAUCAUUCGGCGAGCGAGGAUCUACGGCGGGCAUGAACUGAAAUUGGUAGGGUUGUUAAUCGAAAAUUGCCCGCGGUUUUUUCAGAUUCGGCUAGCAUUAGAUCUGAAUUAGCUCCUUAGGUUUUUCAGGCACACUGCGUCAAAAUUCGUUCUGUAUUCAUCGUUUUAUUUGUCCGAUUGGUUUAAUUGCUGAAUUGAAGGCCAUUUGUGUUCCCUAGAAUUUGAUUUGCGUGCGCUUAUAGGCUGAUCCGAUCUUUCACGCAAUUGCGUGGGUAAUUGUGAGCUUUUAUUGUUUGAAUUGUUAGUACAGUUGGGAUUUAGGAGAGUCGGAUCAGCGUAUACAGCUCAACUUUUUGGUCAUUUGAAACGAAAUUACUCCCAUCUUUUCGUCUCGUACUCAUUAUUCAUGUGUAGAGGACAUUGAGUGCGGGUUUGGAUGUGCGUAUUUCUCGCAGUGCCUGCCUGUUCAUAUAUUGGGGCGGAAUUGUAUAGAUAUGCAGCAGAGUGAGGGCCUCUCUAGGAACAGUAAUGAAAAUGGUCUUUCUUCAUCGUCUUUGAGGCUGACAACGCCUCAGAAGUCUAUUCGGCGAUUGGGGUUGUGCUCGCAAAUAGCAACUGGCGGACAACACUCGUCGCCCAUCGUCUUCCCUGAGAAGCGCAGCAAGACCAAGUCUUUUUCCAGGCGAGGCAGUGAGGUUAAUUCCUCUAUCUCGAAGUUCACCAUGACCUCCGCUGAUGAUCGCGACAAGCCAAAGAGCUUUGAGCAUAGGAUUGACAUAGGCGGAGGAGAUGAAAAGUCUGAUUUAUUGGGCUAUACAGUAUUGUCGGGUAAGCUGGUUUUGGACAAGAGAAAGACUACCGACAAGAAUACUUCUGAUGUAAUGCAGAACAACACUGGCAUAGCUGAUCAGGAAGGUUUCGAUGCUAAACUUACCAGCACGGCUUUAGUAUGGGGUUCUCACAUGCUCCGUCUGGAUGAUGUCAUUUCGGUCUCGUACAAUGUUGGUCUCAGGCAUUUUACAAUUCAUUCUUAUCCACUGCAGAAAGGUCCAUGUGGUCUUUCUUGCUUUAUAAAGGCCAGGAGAAAGCGGAAAGAUUAUCGCUUUUUGGCUUCUAACGUUGAAGAGGCAGUUCAGUGGGUUGGUGGUUUUGCAGACCAGCAUUGCUAUGUGAACUGUUUGCCGCACCCCUUACUCUCAUCAAAAAAGCAGGCAUCUUCAGAAUUAAUUCCUGUUGAUACUCCACCUGAGUUACUUUUCAAAUGCAAGAAUCCACCAAAAAUGCUUGUGAUAUUAAAUCCGCGCUCUGGUCGAGGUCGUUCAACUAAAGUUUUUAACGGGGUUGUUGAACCAAUAUUUAAGCUUGCAGGGUUCAAAUUGGAGGUGGUUAAAACAACAUCUGCAGGUCAUGCUAGGAAGCUUGCAUCUAGUGUUGACAUAAGCAGUUGUCCCGAUGGAAUUAUUUGUGUUGGAGGUGAUGGAAUUAUUAAUGAGGUUUUGAAUGGUCUAUUAAGUAGAGACAACCAAAAAGAAGGAAUUUCUAUUCCAAUUGGAAUAAUACCUGCAGGUUCUGAUAACUCGUUAAUUUGGACUGUUCUUGGAGUUAGAGAUCCUAUUUCUGCUGCAAUGGCUAUUGUGAAGGGUGGUCUUACUGCAACCGAUGUUUUUGCUGUUGAAUGGAUCAAAUCAGGUGUUAUUCAUUUUGGGUUGACAGUCUCAUAUUAUGGAUUUGUCAGUGAUGUUCUGGAGCUUUCUGAAAAGUAUCAGAAGCGAUUUGGUCCUCUACGUUACUUCGUUGCGGGAUUCCUCAAAUUCUUAUGCUUACCGAAGUACAGUUUUGAAGUGGAAUACCUUCCAGCAUCAUUAGAGGAUGAAGGGAAAUGUGCUGCUGAACGCGAAGUUGUCGACAUGUCUGAUUUAUACACAGAUAUAAUGAGAAGAUCAAGCAAAGAGGGCAUCCCCAGGGCCUCUAGUCUAUCAAGCAUUGAUUCAAUAAUGACUCCUAGUCGAAUGUCUGGAGGAGACUUGGAUACAACCUGUAGUAGCACUCGUGCUAGCACUGAACCAUCUGAGUAUGUGCGUGGUCUCGACCCUAAAACCAAGCGUCUUUCAUCAGGAAGGAGCAAUGUUAAUGUAACUGCGGAGCCUGAAGUUAUUCAUCCGCAGCCACCCUUCUCCACCACUCCCAACUGGCCAAGAACAAGGUCUAAGUCCAGAACAGACAAGGGAUGGACUGGUUUGAUAACCACACAAGAUACCACAAGAUGCUCUUGGGGCAAUGCUGCUAAUGACAGAGAGGAUAUAUCUUCAACACUAUCUGAUCCUGGUCCGAUUUGGGAUGCAGAACCAAAGUGGGACACUGAGCCUAAUUGGGUUAUUGAACAUCCAAUUGAAUUGCCAGGUCCAACAAAUGAUGCAGAAGAAGGUCCAACAGAGCACGUGCAUGUGGUCGAAGAUAAAUGGGUUACUAAAAAGGGGCAAUUUGUUGGAAUCAUAGUUUGCAACCAUGCUUGUAGAACUGUUCAGAGUUCUCAGGUAGUGGCCCCAAGAUCUGAGCAUGAUGACAAUACUCUUGACUUGGUUUUGGUUCAUGGGAGUGGGCGACUCAGGCUGUUGCGAUUUUUUUUGCUGCUUCAGAUCGGUCGACACCUUUCUCUGCCAUUUGUCGAAUAUGUCAAGGUGAAGUCGGUGAAGAUCAAGCCAGGUAAGCAUACACACAAUGGCUGCGGGAUUGAUGGCGAGCUUUUCCCACUCACUGGCCAAGUCGUUUCUUCUCUGCUUCCAGAACAAUGCAGACUUAUUGGUCGAUUUCCUGGCCAUCACGUAUAACCAAGUAAUCCUCUCUUAUCUGAAAUAUUUUGAUGUGCCACUGACUGACGAUCGCAUUCACGUUUAACUGAGUCGUCAUCUUCAAACAUCCUUGAUGAAUUAUGGUGACAACAUUUUGGCGUUUUUUGUCGUGUGGUUGUGUAACAUGCGGAGCAAUCCUUAUAAUCCCAUAAUAGAGAAUCUUUGUGCAUUAUUUUCCUACCCACCUACCUCCUUCCCUACCGUCUCACAGUUCUAUUCUAGCUUUGAACAAACCUGAGGUCUCUGUAAAUCUUUUGUUUAGAAACUCGUCGCGCGUUGUCCCGCGCUAUUCUAUCCCUCUUGAACUCCCCUGUUGUGUAUUUUGUACCCCCAUCAUCAUUUUCAUUGUACAAGAAGCUAUAAGGCUGCACACACGAUGCCCCGUCGACUCGAUUUAGUUCUAUUUACAUUCUUCACAAGUUUUCUGGAGAUACUAAUAUUGUAUAUACGUGAUUGUGAGCUUUUGGUCUGCCGUCCCUUUUCUCCUACUUCCAAUUCCCCCCUUAUGUGCUAGUUAGCAAUGUCUAUAUCAAUCAUAGCGAGUUCUUAGACGCGUAUAUUCAUCUGUAGUUCGAAAGAUUUGACGUAUUUCUUGAGAGAUACAUGUAAAGUAUAUCAUUUGUUUAGCUGGC